CCUUACAUUUUUUUUUUAAGGUUAAUUUACAAUUUUCCUCAUAAUAAACAAAUAAUUUAACUUCGAGACCAUGUCAGUGCUAAAAGGGGCACACAAACUACUCAGGCUCUUUAUCGCAGAUCAUAAACACCAUUACCACCAUUUAAAUAGCCCGAUAAGUCCCUUAAAGCAUAUCCCUUAUCAGAACUUCUAUGCCUCCCAAAAAUUCGACUCGAAACUGUGUUGGAAAUGCGGCCUGGAACGUAGAAACCCUUGCGAGGUGUUUUGUGAGGAGUGCAAGACGAUCCAGAGCCCGCACGAGACCAAAAACUACUUUAAAAUAUUCAAUUUGGAAGAAAAAUUUGAUAUCGAUGUCAAGUCUUUGCAGAGCAAAUAUAGGAUGUUACAGGGCCGCUUGCACCCCGAUAAGUUUAGUAAUAAAAGCGAACAAGAGAAACAUAUAUCGGAAACGUACUCUUCUUUAGUUAAUAAGGCUUAUAAGAGCUUGCAGGCCCCACUAAGGCGAGCUCAACAUUUAUUAGAGUUGCACGGGGAUGGAAUCGACGAAGAACAAAAGGUUGAUGACCCAGAAUUUUUGAUGGAAAUGAUGGAACUUAAUGAGGAACUGGAGAACUGUACUGACGCUGAUAAACUGAGGAAAUUAGAUAUAAAGAAUAAAAAUCAGCUGGAGAUGCUUGCGAAAAGCAUUGAUGAGUGCUUUAAAGAAAACAACUUGAACAAAGCCAAGAAUUUAGUAAUAAAAAUGAAAUAUUAUUCUAGUUUAGGUAAUAGGAUUAAUAGCCAAUUAAGAGAUUUAGGCAUAGUGGAUUAAUGAAUUAAAUGACUGUCUUGUAAUUUAUGUGAUAUUAUUACUGUGAGUUACCUAUGCCCUGGCCCUAUUGUGUGCUAAAACAUGUGAUGAUAGGAAGGCAUUAGGUAUAUUACGCUACUCUAAACAAAAGAUUGUUGAAUGAUUAAACUGAUACAUUAAUAAAAACACUUAUCAAAGAAACAA